CAGCAGCAGCGAGAGGGAGAUCGGAAGCGGGUCCGGACCGAGCGGGCUGAAAGGGGUCUCGAGCCAGCGAGGAGAGUGGCAGGAGAAGCUCGGAGACGCUCGGCCGCUGCUCGGUUACCCCCCUCGCGCGCGUGAGAGAAAGGAGAGGGCGAGGGCGACGGCAGGGAUAACCCAAGCGAGGAACCACAUGGAUCGCUAUCAGAAGAUCGAAAAAGGCGGGGGGGGUAAUCUCGGAGAGGGCACCUACGGCGUGGUCUACAAGGCGAAGGACCGGCAGACGGAAGAGAUCGUCGCUCUCAAGAGAAUCAGGCUGGAGGUGGAGGAUGAGGGCAUCCCCAGCACGGCCCUGCGGGAGAUCUCUCUGCUGCGCGAGCUGCAGCACCCGAACAUCGUCGAGCUCAAGGACUGCGUCCAGAGCGAGGGAAAGCUGUACCUGAUCUUCGAGUUCGUCGACCGGGACCUGAAGAAGUACAUGGAGGCCACCCAGGGCAUGCUAGACCCCAUGUUGGUCAAGUCCUACCUGUUCCAGAUGGUUCGCGGUUUGGAGUUCUGCCACGCACGAGGCGUCAUGCACCGCGACCUUAAGCCGCAAAACCUGCUCGUCAGCCGAGACGGAAAGCUCAAGCUCGCGGACUUCGGACUCGCGCGCGCGUUUUGCCCCCCGAUCCGCCCUCUCACGCACGAGGUGGUUACCCUCUGGUACCGCGCGCCGGAGAUCCUCCUCGGGACGCAGACGUACGCCCCUCCCGUCGACCUCUGGGCGGUCGGCACGAUCCUGGUGGAGAUGGUGACCAAGCGCCCCCUCUUUCCGGGGGACUCGGAGAUCGAUGAGAUCUACAAGAUCUUCCAGCUGCUUGGGACUCCGAACGAGGAGGUAUGGCCGAACGUUACCGACCUGCAGGACUGGAAUCCUGGGUUCCCCACGUGGAAACGGCUGAACCUCGCCCACCGAUCACAGGGGAUGGACAAGUGCGGGCUGGACCUGCUCGAGAAAUUGCUGUACUACGACCCGAAGAAGCGAAUCUCAGCCAAGCGCGCAUUAGAACACGCAUUUUUCGACGACCUCGACAAGACCGACUUGCUGGGCAACUAG